AUGGGCGCCCAUUUAAGAAAUGGACAUAAAAUCUCUAUUGAGCAACAACAGCGCAACAACGUCCUUAGAAGAGCCCAGUCUAGAGGCGAACAACCUACAAGCAAGACCGAGCGAGACAAGCAGGCUCAGCGAGAGACCGACCAACCGCUCGACGCCGGAGAUAGAGACAGACCUGCUGGACUACAGCAAGGCGAUGACUCAAGAUACCGACUUAGUGCCGCAGCAACGGAGCGACUUCGCAAGCUUAAGCUCCAGUCUGCCUCCGAUCAACGUAACCGGCACGAGAAGAGCAGCGGAGGGAGCGCAGUGGUCGGAAUUAGGUGUCUCUCCAGCCCUCAUCAACUCGCGAGCAACCUCACUGGCAUUGGAGACAAUGUCCAAUCGGUCCACCCCAGUACCACGCCCGCUAGAACACCAGAAUUUCGCGAUCUCUACGAAUACCGCAACAGGGUUUCAGAUUCAAUCUCCGACCCCUCGUCAGCCAAAUCAGACCCUUAUCCCAGUGAUGGAUCAAUCCCAGGCCCCGGAUGGCCAGGAAGACAUCAUAGUGGACAACGAGCAACUAGAGACGAUCAUCAACUUAUUCAACGAUCAAUGGCUCAUGUUCGUCCAAGCGAGAGAGCACCAGAACGUUGUGGUAGCUGA